CUCACUAAUCGAAUGACUAGGUUACACGUCAAUUUACUGAAAAAAGUAGAACCUACACAAAAUAUAGCACUCCUAAACACGAAAUGGGACUAACGAUAUCUAGCCUUCUGACUCGUCUGUUUGGUAAAAAACAAAUGCGUAUUCUUAUGGUUGGAUUGGAUGCUGCGGGAAAAACGACUAUACUAUACAAAUUAAAGUUGGGAGAAAUAGUCACCACCAUUCCAACUAUUGGAUUUAACGUUGAAACUGUAGAAUAUAAAAAUAUCUGUUUUACCGUUUGGGAUGUUGGCGGCCAAGAUAAAAUUCGUCCAUUGUGGCGUCAUUAUUUUCAAAAUACACAAGGUUUGAUUUUUGUCGUGGACUCCAACGAUCGUGAUCGUAUCAAUGAAGCUGAAAAAGAACUACAGAACAUGCUUCAGGAGGACGAGCUUAGAGAUGCUGUUCUGUUAGUCUUUGCUAACAAGCAGGACCUACCUAACGCAAUGACAGCUGCCGAGCUAACAGACAAGUUACACCUAAACCAAUUAAGGAAUCGUCACUGGUUUAUUCAAGCUACUUGCGCUACCCAGGGUCACGGAUUAUAUGAAGGACUAGAUUGGCUUUCAGCUGAAUUGGCAAAAAAAUAAUUUAAAAAUAUUCAAUAAAUUUUAAGAUAAGUAUUUGUAUUGUCCAAUGCUGAAAACUAGACCCCAAAUAAACUUGUACAUGUAUAGAAA